UCUCUCUCUCUCUCUCUUCAUUCCUUCAUUCAUUCCACUACUAUUGUCGACCAUGAUAGAUGAAGCUUUUGGCCCUCUGCUUCGUCGUCCUCUUCCUCCUGCUCAAUGGCCGAGUGGCGGAGUCGAGCCGAGCGGCCGCCGCCGGCGAUCAGGCGAUGUGUCACUAUCCCGGCGGCACCGCCACCACCACCGACACCGCCACCACCGCGGCACCAUCGCGGCCGACGACCCUCGGCCCAAGCUGUUCGUGUUCGGCGACGACUUCGCCGACAACGGCAACGUGGCGUCGGACCCGAGCCUGGGCGCGGCGUCCCGGUCGUGGCGCUACCCGUUCGGCAUGUCGGACGCGUCCCACGGCCGGAAGCCCACCGGCCGCUUCUCCGACGGCCUCGUGCAGUCGGACUUCCUCGCCAAGAUCGUCGGCCACCGCGCCUCGCCGCCGGCCUACCUCGGCGACGAGUGGGACGACGUCCUGGACCCCGCCGGCAUGAACUUCGCCUUCGGCGACUCCGGCGUCAUGGACGUGCCCUCCGGCGUGCCCAGGCUCGCCAAGCAGGUCCAGCAGCUCGCCAGCCUCAUCAACGCCGGCGUCGUCGACGACCGCGACUUGAAGGGGUCGGUCGCGCUCGUUGCCUACUCCGGCAAUGACUACUCAAAUUCCACCGACGACGACCCGGCCACAAAAUAA